AUGCUCUUACCAUGCAUGCUGGAGCAUCCAAUGGACAGUAACCUAGAUCUCAUCAAUAUUGUGAACUAUUUAGCAGUACAUGGACAGGGUUACCGGGUGAAGGUGGAGAAAAUAUGGUCCUUGGUCAAUGCUUGGUGGCUGAAGAGUCUUGGACAAUUGGUUGAAAUGCUAGGAAAAUUGGCUGGAAGCUUAAACCCUCAAUGGAAUUUUGGUAUCCCUGUUUCAGAGUACGUUGAAUGCACUGCCACUCCAGCAAGUUCCCCAUACAACCAGGCAUUAGGUGUCCCUACCGGUCCCCAUGGUGCCAUUCGUGACUACCAGGUGGACGCCAUUACUAUGGAGAUGUCACCGAAGUUAUCUUCAAGUCUUAAUAAACAACAAUAUGAGAUCCUUUUGCUUGUUGGCGGGUCUGUGCUACAAUGA